CUCAAAUUUAUCUUUGAUAAACUUAUUUGUUUAUGUGCUACGCUGUAUCGUGGCUCGUUACGAUGAUAUAUGGCAUGAAGAGUUGAAGGUUGCGCAGGUGUGCCAUUUUAAUAGAAAAUCCGAAUUGUUUUACAUCAUAGCCGUUUUACUCUAAGAUGGCGGAUUCGCUAGAUAUGAAGAGAAUGAACGAAUCCAAGCAAGAUGAUAAUGAUAAUGAUGUGAUGCCUCAGCAGGACGGCGCCAUAACAAAAACCCGUCGUUUAAAGUCUUCGGGAAAACCAGAACAGAAAGUAUUUAAAGAGAAACUCCAAGGACGAAACACUCAAAACGAAGAAUGUGAUAACGGUAUUGAUAAAAAUCAAGAGGCAAGUGGAAGAAUAAAUGUCGCUGAAGAAGGAAAACUGCAGUUUUGGCGUACUUUUGUAGUCAAUCCAGUUGAUAAAGAAAUUUUCAGAUAUUUAAUUGACCACGGAGCAAACGUUUACUUCGAGCACAAAGAUGGUGGAACAGUUUUAUGGAUUGGAACGAGAAAUGGUUUAGUCGAUCUUGUUAAAUAUUUUGUUCAAUAUGGUCCAGAACAAAAUUUCCACGCAGAUAGCAUCGCUCUGAAAAGUGCAAUACAGUCUCGAUCGUUAGAAAUUGUGAAAUAUUUUGUUGAAGAUUGUGGUGCUGACAUAAAUAUUAAAGAUGAGUCGGGCAAAACUGCUUUACAUCAUGCUGUUGAUGAUGGCGUAACAGACAUUGUCAAAUAUUUAAUUGAUCAAUGUGGUGCUGAUGUGAAUGGAAAGGUUACUGGCGGGUGGACUGUGCUGCACGCGGCUAUUUCAAAAGGUACGCUAGAAAUAGUGAAGUAUCUUAUUGCAAAAAACGCUGAUAUAAAUGCAAAGAAUGAUGAUGGAUGGACAGUACUGCACAGUGCUGUUGCUGAAGGUACGCUAGAAAUAGUAAAAUAUCUUAUUGAAAAUGGCGCUGAUGUAAAUGGCAAGGAUACCGACGGCUGGACAGUACUGUACGCGGCUGUUACUAAAAGUACAUUAGAAAUGGUAAAAUAUCUUGUUGAAAAGGGCGCUGAUGUAAAUGGUGAGAAUAAUAGCGGCUGGACAGUGCUACACUCUGCUGUUACUGAAGGUACAUUGGAAAUGGUAAUAUAUCUUAGUGAAAAUGGCGCGGAUGUAAAUGGCACGAAUACUGAGGAGGUGACAGUGCUGCACGGGGCUGUUUCUAAAGGCGCGCUAGAAAAGGUAAAAUAUCUUCUUGAAGAAGGCGCUAACGUGAAUAGCAAAGAUCUUGAAGGGUGGACAGUGCUGCACGCUGCUUUCUUUAAAGGUUCUUUAGAAAUAGUAAAAUGUCUUCUUGAAUGGGGAGCUGAUAUAAAUGGCCAAAAUAUUGGCGGGGUAACAGUACUGCACACUGGUGUUACUCUGGGUACGCUAGAAAUGGUAAAAUAUCUUGUUGAGAAUGGUGCUGAUGUCAAUGAUAUGAGUAAUAACGGGCGGACUGCGCUUCACUUUGCUGUUACUGAAAGUACGCUAGAGAUGGUAAAAUAUCUUGUUGAACAAUGUGGUGCUGAUGUGAAUGGAAAGGAUACUAGCGGGUGGACAGUGCUUCACGCUGCUAUUUCAAAAGGUACGCUAGGAAUAGUGAAAUAUCUUGUCAAAAAAGGAGCUGAUAUAAAUGCAACGAAUGAUGGUUGGACAGCGCUACACAGUGCUGUUACUGAAGGCACGCUAGAAAUGGUAAAAUUUCUUGUUGAAAAUGGCGCUGAUGUAAAUGGCAAGGAUACCGACGGCUGGACAGUACUGUACGCGGCUGUUACUAAAGGUACAUUAGAAAUGGUAAAAUAUCUUGUUGAAAAGGGCGCUGAUGUGAAUGGAAAGAAUACUAACGGCUGGACAGUGCUGCACUCUGCUGUUACUGAAAGUACACUAGAUAUGAUAAUAUAUCUUAUUGAAAAUGGAGCUAAUGUAAAUGGCACGGAUACUGAAGGGGUGACAGUGCUCAAUGGGGCUGUUUCUAAAGGUACGCUAGAAGUGGUAAAAUAUCUUGUUGAAAAAGGCGCUGAUAUAAAUGGCAAGAACACUGGUGGAGUGACGGUGCUGCACACCGGUGUUACCAAAGGUGCGCUAGAGAAGGUAAAAUAUCUUCUUGAAGAAGGCGCUAACGUGAAUAGCAAGGAUCUUAAUGGAUGGACAGUGCUGCACACUGCUUUCUUUAAAGGUACUUUAGAGAUGGUAAAAUAUCUUGUUGAAAAGGGCGCUGAUAUAAAUGGCAAAAAUAAUUCUGGGGUGACCGUGCUGCACACUGCUGUUACCGUGGGUACGCUUGAAAUGGUAGAAUAUCUUGUUGAAAAUGGCGCUGAUGUAAAUGGCAAGGAUAUUGAAAAGGUGACAGUGAUUGACGCCGCUGUUUCUAAUGGUAAAUCAGAAAUUGUAAAAUAUCUUUCUAAGAAUGGCGCCAGUGUGAAUGACAAGGAUACUGCAGGGCGGACAGUUUUGCACAAUGCCGUUCCUAUAGGUUCGUUACCAGUGAUAAAAUGUCUCGUUGAAAUGGGCGCUGAUGUAAACGACAAGGAUGACGAUGGUCGGAAUGUGCUGCACUCUGCUGUUUCUCGAAGUACACUAGAGAUGGUAAAAUACCUUGUUGAAAUGGGCGCUGAUAUAAAUGGCAAGGAUACUGAAGGAUGGAGUGUGCUGCACGCCGCUGUUUCUAAAGGUCCAAUGGAAAUGGUGAAAUAUCUUGUCGAAAAGGGCGCUGAUGUAAAUGGCAAGGAUAUUGGCGGGGUGACCGUUCUAUGUACUGGUGUAACUAACGGCACGCUAGAAAUGGUCAAAUAUCUCAUUGAUAUGGGCGCUGGAGUGAAUGACAAGCAUAGUGACGGUCGAACUGUACUGCAAACUACUGUUUCUAAAGGUACGUUAGAAAUGGUAAAAAAUCUUGUUGAAAUGGGCGCUGAUGUAAAUAGCAAGGAUAAUAAAGGGUGGACAGUUCUGCACUAUGCUGUUAUUAAAGGCACUCUACCAAUUGUAAAACAUCUUGUUGAGAGUGGCGCUGAUGUAAAUGGCGAAGAUGCUGACGGGUGGACUGUGCUGCACUCCGCUGUAACUGAAGGUACGCUGGAAAUAAUAAAAUAUGUUGUGGAAAAGGGCGCUAAUGUGAAUGGAAAGAAGUCUAACGGGAAGACAGUGCUGCACUCUGCUGUGACUAAAGGUACGUUCGAAAUUGUGAGAUACCUGGUUGAGCACGGUGCUGAUGUGAAUGGUAAAGAUGCUGAUGGAUGGUCAGUGUUGCACAUUGCUGUGGAUACAGGUACAUUUGAAAUUGUCCAGUAUUUAGUUGAGCAGGGUUCUGACGUGACUCUUGAAAGUAAAAGAGACUUUCAUUCUCUUGGUAUUGACGUCCUGGAAAUGGCUAUUGUGAACAAUUCAGUUGUCUUGGUCAAUUUUUUGUUGGAAAAGGAUAUUGCUGUGUGGAGAAUUGGGACAUUUCUUGUUGAAGAAAAGCAAAUGAGUCUUAUUGAAUGGUGUAUUUAUAUUGGUCAUGAUGAAAUUGCAGAUAUCCUCAAAAGGUCCAUAAAACAUCGUCAGAAAAUUCAAAUGUUAAAAACAUUCAAUUGCAACCAGUUAGAGAAGAUCGGAGUUCCAAUGCAGGACUUUGUUGCAAAGAAUCAAUUCAAAAUUGGCGAUGGUUGUUGUGGUUCUUGUGUCUAUGUUGGGCUUAUGAAAGAUGGAAGUGAAGUUGCUGUUAAAAGAAUUCUAGUACAAAGUGACGAUAACACAGUUGAGAAUGAAAAGGAGAUAAUGAAUCUUAUUAAAACAGACAACUCUCCAUUCAUAGUGAGUUAUCGACAUUUUCACCGUGGCGAUGACUUCAUGUAUCUUAUUGUGGAUCUUUGCGAAGAAAACUUGAGGGAACUUGUUCAUGCAUGCAAUAUUGAACAUCUACAAGAGCAAGGUCCACGAAUGAUUAAGGAAGUUCUAUUCGGACUUGAAUUUCUUCAUGGAAAAGGAAUAUUGCACAGAGACCUAAAACCAUCAAACGUCCUGGUUGAUAUUGAAGGUCGCAUGAAAUUAGCAGAUUUUGGAAUAAGCCGUGUCCUAAAUGACGAUGAAACGACAGUUCAAACAUUCGCUAAAGGUACUCCAGGAUGGAUGCCACCAGAAGUAAUCAAAGCAAUAGAGAAAAACGAAAAAGGUCCUUUCAAAAGGAAAUCAGAUGUUCAGGUCGCGGGUAUGAUUGCUUUCUUCGUCUUAACUAAAGGUGAACACCCUUUUGGGUCUUCGUUUGAUCGAAUGAGAAAUAUUUUAGAAGGAAACUGUGUAAGUAUUGACAGACUUGAUGAUCGUGAAGCUCGGCAUUUUGUGUCGUGGCUGAUUAGUCAUAAGAUUGAUGACAGACCUUAUGCUCACGAAGCGCUGAGGGAUCCUUUCAUUAAUGGAGACUAAGAAAAUUUGGACUACAAAAUGAAUUUGUCAAAGGAGAUGAAACAAUGAUUUUAUAGAGUUAUCGGCCAAAUUUUUAAAUCAUAGGGGGGGGCGCCCCGAGGCCGCUCGUUACGCGGCUGCCCCCCUCCUACUUUUUAGGUCCACGCGCCUAUGGUAUUGAAAGCCUAAUAACUAUGAGUUUCCAGUGGCCUCCAGGCGGCUCUGUAGUGUAUAUCUAAGACCAUGUUCACACGGUAACGUUUUCAAGCGUUUUCAUUUUCGUUUUUAUGUCAAAACGGUUUCAAACACCGUCAAAUCGUAAUAAAAGUUGAAGCUAAUUUAACAUAUUGAGCAUAUUUCCCCUUGUGGACAAGGUCGUGUGUACAAGGCAUCAAAGCGAUUAACUAGAUAAAAACGAUUUUGAAAAUGUUCGAAAACGCAGCUCGUGCACACAUAGCGUAAAGUGUAAAUUAGUCUAAAUUAGUGCGCCAAAAGUUCGACACAGGUUCGUCAAACCAGCACCCCCACUUAUCUUCGCCGCAUUUAGUCUGUCGCUGCUGAUCAUAUUUUAGAAUCUGAACCUUAGGAAAAGUCAUUUGGAAAAGUCAUCUAAUUGCGAACACAUUUAUCACCAGUUAUCACUCUAGUUAUAUAGCGUGCAU